CACAAGACUUCCAACGUGACUUUGCUUUUCUCGCGGACUGCGCUCUUUCACUUUCGAUCUCUAUAUGAAAUCAAAUCCAAGCUCUCCCAUCAUAAACACUAAAACCCAACCAUGGCGAUGCUCCAUUCACCCAUCAAGCACCAAUCUUCUUCCUCCCCACUCGCAAUCCUCUUCCUAAUCUCUUCCUCUCUAUGCGUCGGUUACCUCUUCUCCUCUGUUUUCUUGUUCCGCAGUUUCCAUUCCCCUCAAACCCAAACAGACGCCUCCGCCUCCUCCCCUCUCUCGCUCCAUCAAAUCGUCUUCGGAAUCGCCUCCAACCAGAAUUCAUGGCCCGCCAGAAAGGACUACGUCCGAUUAUGGUGGAAGCCCAAUCUCAUGCGGGGCUGCGUUUUCGUCGACCAACUUCCUCCCGACGACCCACAAAACUCAAACGACGACGCUUCUUCUCUUCCCGCCCUUUGCAUCUCCGGCGACACUUCCGGCUUCCGUUACACUUACAGAAACGGUUACCGAUCAGCGAUUAGAGUAGCGCGGGUGGUUCUGGAAACAAUUGCCGCCGGGCAUUCCAACGUCCGGUGGUACGUUUUCGGAGACGACGACACGCUUUUCUUCCCGGAGAAUCUGGUGAAGACUCUGUCCAAAUACGACCACAACCUCUGGUACUACGUCGGCAGCAACUCAGAGACGUACACCCAAAACAGAGUGUUCGAUUUCGAAAUGGGAUUUGGCGGAGCCGGAUUCGCCAUAACCCAAUCUCUCGCCGAAUCGCUUCGUAAAGUUUUCGAUUCCUGCCUCGAGCGGUACCCCCAUCUCUACGGAAGCGAUUCUCGAGUCCAAUAUUGCGUGGCGGAGCUGGGAGUGAAACUGACCCACGAAGCAGGUUUUCAUCAGGUGGAUCUGAAGGGCAACAUUUUUGGUCUAUUGGCCGCACACCCGGUGACUCCAUUGGUGUCCUUGCACCAUUUGGAUCACAUAGACCCAAUUUUCCCCAACAUGACGACGAAAGAAGCGCUCCGGCAUCUAUUCGAGUCCGUGGAGGUGGAUCCUCAGAGGGUGGUGCAACAGAGUGUCUGCUACGACCGAUGGUUCUCUUGGACGAUUUCUGUGUCGUGGGGUUACGCCGUUGAGAUUUUCGAACGGCACGUUUUCUUGCCGGACGCCACCCGGCCACGGCGGACAUUUUUCCCGUGGGCGAAAGACUUGAAGGUCGAAACUGGAUCUUUUUCCUUCAACACCUGGGAAAUGGACGCGGACCCAUGUCGCCGGCCGACGGUUUUCUACUUCGAUCGUGCAAGUUCCGAUUGGGAUGGGUUAAUUAAGAGCACUUACAAGAAGGAUUUUGUGAAUUGCUCCUUCGGUCCAUCCUCGCCCAAGAGACUCGAAGAGGUCAGGGUUUUGUCUCGUAAGCUCGACCAAAGUGUCAAACAGUUGCUGGCUCCGAGAAGGCAAUGCUGUGAUGUGCUACCUUCAACCGCGGGUGAAGCAAUUGAUAUCGCCAUUAGAGACUGCAAGGAAGCGGAAUUAAUUCACAUGCAUUAACAUAUAAACAUAAAUUAAAUUUCUAGUGAUUUGCAGGACGUGGCAUUGGAAUUUGCAGUGGAGUGGAUGAUAGUGGAAAGCUACCAAUCUUUUACAUUCUCAGAGAAAAUGCGGGGAAGAAGCCCUUUUUGACUUUCUAGGUUUGAAUUUAUGGUACUUGUUUUAGAAAAUAGAAAUGCAAUCUUUAAAGGUUGUUUUUGGAGCAAAAUAUAAAUAAUAUUCAUUGUAUGUUGCAAACGUAUGGUAUGUAAACGGAUGUAAAAGCAUCUAACAUUUUUGUAACUUACAAUAAACA